AUGGACCCCUCGCUACCGCGCAACCCGAACCCGGCGGACGGCGAGACGAGCAUCAUCAUCUACGGCUACAUCCCCUCGCUCUCUCUCGGCCUCGCAUGCACCAUCAUCUUUGGUGUAUUCUGCCUCGCGCAGCUCCUCUACGGCCUCUUUGACGGGCGCCUCUUUCGUCGUCGUCGUCGGGGGCCGACGGCGCGCGCACGGGACGACGUCGACGAAAAGCACAUCGCCUCGGUCGAAUCGGCAACCUCGGACGCGGAUGGCGCCGGGGCGAUUGAGGGGCGGAAGAGGAGGAGGAGGUCAGAGAGCGCCGACGUGCGCAUCUUCUGCUUCCUCCUCUCGUUUGGCUGCCUCAUGGAGGCCGUCGGGUACGCCUUCAGGGUCAAGAGCUACUACAAUCCUUUCCUACUCAAUGCCUUCAUCCUCCAAUACUUUAUGAUCGUCUGCGCGCCUGUCCUCUUUACGGCUGCCAUCUACCUCGGCCUCGCGACCAUCAUCCGGACCGAUCCGGCGCUGCAACGUCUCUGCCCGCUGGGCCCCAGGGUGCUGAUCGCACUAUUUGUCAUCGCUGACACCAUCACCAUCAUCAUGCAAGUGGCGGGCGCGGCCCUUUUCGGCGUGGCGCAGUCCAAGAUCGCCGACAACGAGGACCCGCCCCUCUCGCCGCAGGCCGCCAACAACAUCCUCACCGCCGGCCUGGCGGCGCAGACGUUUUUCUUCACCGUCUUCCUCAUCGUCUUCGCCAUCUUCGUCUUCAACCUCUCGCGUCAGCGCACCGACGACCACGACGCGUCCACCGAAAAGCAACGUCUCGAGGACGCGUCGGCGACGACAACGACGACGCCGCGGCGAAGCGCAGCUGGUGCAGCGAGGGUGAGGCCCGACAGGCUCUUGCUCGCCACCAUGGCCGUCUCGUCAUUCUUUAUCUACCUGCGCACCAUUUUCCGGCUGGCAGAGGCCAUCGAGGGCAUCUACAGCCAGACGGCCACCGACGAGGGCUUCUUUGCAGGCCUCGAGGCAGCGCCCGUCCUGGUCGCCGUCUUUGUCUGGACCGUCGUACCGCUCGGGUGGCGCAUCUCGCGCAUGUGA